AGCAGCACUGGAACCAUGGGGUGCAACAGAUCUGUACCUGACAGAAAGUCAGAGAGAGUCAUUAAAGCUGCCAUCCUCAUCCAGAACUGGUACCGCUCCACAAUGGCCCGGAUAGAGAUGAGGCGCCGCUAUUCUCUGAGUAUCUUCCGGUCAAUCGAAUAUGCUGAUGAACAAGAUCAACUGCAGCUAUCCCAGUUUUUUUCAUUCAUGCUGGAUCACUGUACUAAUCCUGAUUCAGUUUCUCCCAUUUCCACCACCCCUAGUGAUCCUCGGGCGGUGGAUGAAUGUUUACAGAUAACAGAAUUUGAAGAGAAAAUUGAUGUUCCAGACUCGUAUUAUGGGCCACGACUCUCAUUCCCCCUUACUGCUGAAGAUGCCAAUGCUCUUAUUCAUGCUUUCAGGAAUAAACAGCUGCUUCAUCCCCACUAUGUCCUGCAGCUACUAUGUGAAACUAGGAGAGUUCUCAAGUUGAUGCCAAAUAUCACUUCUCUUUCAACUUCCUACUCCAAGGAUAUAACUAUCUGUGGAGAUUUGCAUGGAAACCUGGAUGAUCUUUUGCUGAUAUUCUAUAAGAAUGGUCUGCCUUCAGAACAAAACCGUUACGUCUUUAAUGGUGAUUAUGUUGACAGAGGGAAAAAUUCUAUGGAAAUAGUUAUACUCUUAUUUGCAUUUUUUCUUAUCUAUCCCAAUAAUAUAUCCUUGAAUAGAGGAAACCAUGAAGACUACAUGAUGAACAUGAGAUAUGGCUUCACAAGAGAAGUUUCGAGUAAGUACAAGAAACACAGUACACAGAUUUUGUAUCUUCUGCGAGAUGUCUUUAGCUGGCUCCCCCUUGCCACUAUAAUUGAUAAAAAAGUUCUUAUCCUACAUGGAGGGAUUUCAAACACCACAGAUUUGGAUUUCCUGAAGGCACUCGAAAGAAAUAAGUUGAAAUCUUUGCUACGGCUGCCCAAGUCAAUGAGAGGCAGACAGGACCUGAAGGAGGGAAUUUCCGAUCAGAAUGAUUUUGGGAAGGCACACUACGACUCUGACUCUUCUUCGGUCUCCACUGAGCCUUCAGGCUCCAUUUUGCCUCUGGGCCCCACUGAGGAGGAAUGGAAACAGAUCCUUGACAUUCUCUGGAGUGAUCCAAGAAGCCAAAAUGGCUGCACACCAAACAAGUGUCGAGGAGCAGGCUGUUACUUUGGUCCUGAUGUCACUGCCAAGAUCUUUAAUAGGUAUAAUCUGAAGAUUCUCAUCAGGUCUCAUGAAUUUAAGCGGGAAGGUUAUGACAUCAGUCAUGGUGGGAAGGUUAUCACUAUCUUCUCUGCCUCUAACUAUUACGAAGAGGGGAGUAACCGGGGAGCGUACGUCAAACUGGACCCUGAACUAAUUCCUCGGUUUGUACAGUUUCAAUCCAGCAAGUACACACGCAGGCUGAAUAUUCAGGAGAGGGUGGGUACAAUUGAAUCAUCUGCCUUAAAGUCCUUACGAGAGCUGAUUUAUGCUCAUAGGUCUGAACUCAUUAGAGCUUUUGCACCAUACGACCCCAGAGGCACAGGCAACAUUUCUGUCCAUGACUGGGCUGUAGUAAUGGAGUCUGUCCUACAUCUGGAACUGCCCUGGAGGAUACUGCGGCCUCGGUUAGCACAUACAAACUCAGACGGAGAAGUUCAAUUCAUGUCAUGUUUUUAUGAUUUGGAAAUGGAUCCACCUAUAAAAGAGUUUCAAAACCAGGGUCAGCCAGCUUUGGUGGAAACACUGUGCAGAUACAGAAAGGAUCUGGAGAUCAUCUUUAACAUCAUUGACAAAGAUAACUCGGGUCUGAUUUCUGUUGAGGAGUUCAGCCAGACAUGGAAACUCUUCACCUCUCACCUGGGCAUUGAUGCACAGAAUGACUCAUUUGACAAAUUAGUCUUGAGUAUAGAUAACAACAAAGAUGGCCAAAUUGACUUCAAUGAAUUUUUAGAGGCCUUUCACAUUGUUCACAGAGUUGAGGAAAAGGCAAACUCAUGAAAAGGCAGAAUGUGAACUGUCUUGGAAGCUCACCCUCCUGUCCUUAGUCAUAAAAGGGCUGCUCGAUACGAUAUGAUACGAUGCACACUGAGGUCACCAUUGUAAGCCUUUAUGUAGUCCCUGCUGGAUGACAUGUACCUGCUACUAAUGAGACAGAGGAGAUGAAAACCCACUACUUACAGCAUUACUGUGUCACUGCCACACACUGCCAGUACCUUAGUACCUCAUGUCCCCCAUUAAUCUAAUCUGUGAACAC